AUGGAAGAAGAAGAUGCCGCCGCGGAAUUCGCCUGCAACAGCAGCUCCGAUAAAGCGAGGCACCCAAGUUACCUGAAGAAGGAGGAGAUCAGUGAGCGAAGGCGUCAGCAGCUGCGUGAAAUAGAGGUCAAGGUCGUUCGGUUCCAGGACGAUUUGGAAUCAGGAGCGAUAAAGCGCAACAAAAACUUAACGCUGUCCGAUGAAGUGCAGCGCUACCGCGAGAAACUGCUACAAAAGGUUUGA